AUGGAUUUUUCUUCAAUUCCAGCAUAUCUUGAUUCAUCCAACUGGCAGCAACAACAAAAUCAUCAAUUUGGAGGUAGCAGCACAAACCCUUUGCUUCAACCAGCUGCUUCACAGCCUGUGCCCCCACCUCAACCAUCCCCACAGCCUCAUGCUGGUGGUGCCACAGGUUCAGUCCGGCCAGGCUCCAUGUCUGAAAGAGCCCGGUUAGCUAACAUACCGAUGCCAGAGGCUGCCAUGAAAUGCCCUCGAUGCGAUUCAACAAACACAAAGUUCUGUUAUUUCAACAACUAUAGUCUUUCCCAGCCAAGACACUUUUGUAAGACCUGCAGAAGGUACUGGACUAGAGGUGGCGCUCUGAGAAGCGUUCCGGUGGGAGGUGGAUGCAGAAGAAAUAAAAGAAGCAAAUCCACUAGUUCAAAGUCUCCUGCCAGUAGUGAUAGGCAAACCACCUCCAGCUCCACCAAUACUGUUUCCUCUAACAAUAAUGGAUCGAUGGCUAAUAUAUUUGGCCUCAAUCCUCAACUUCAACCUCUACGCUUUAUGUCUCCUUUGAGUCAAUUUACUGAUAACUAUACUGGUGGUGAUAUUGGCCUAAAUUAUAGUGGAAUUUCGGCUCCCAUGGUAGGGACAAGUGAGAUGAACUAUCAUGUAGGAAGCAGUCUACUUGGUGGUGCUGGCGGCAGUAUUGGUGGAGGGUCCCUUUUAUCAAGUGGUGGUGGAGUUGAGCAGUGGAGGUUGCAGCAAUUCCCUUUCUUGAGUGGUUUGGAUUCAUCCCCAGCCGGGCUUUACCAAUUUCAAGGUGGUGUUGAGCAAUCAGGCUUUGUUGGUGAAACUAGUCAGGUGAGGCCUAAAUUUUCAAGCUCAAUUCUAACUCAGAUGGCAUCAGUAAAAAUGGAAGAUAACCCAGAGUUAAGGCAAUUAUUGGGGAUGCCAGGAAAUGAUCAGUGGAGUGGUGCCGCCAAUUGGACAGAUCUUUCUAGUUUUAACUCUUCUUCAACAAGCAAUCAAUUAUAG